AUGGCGUCUGAAAAUGAGUCGCGAAAAUCUCCUUUGCCGCCUCGUGCAAAAAGCGUGCCUUUAUUGAGGAAAUCUAUAUCCAUGGAGCCGUUUUCUCCUACGAAUAAAACGAGCAGAAAGUCCUCUGGGGUAAGCAAGUGUUUAAUUUGAUUUAUACGCCGAGAUUUUAUCGAAAAACUUUGUUUAUAAAAUGUUGUUUGGAAGAGCCGUCUGUAGCAUAAAAAAGACCGUAGACACCAGCCUUUUAUACUUAGAUUAAUUUUCUAGUAUAGCAUAGUUCUUUUAGAUAUGAUUUCUGUAGUUAUUUUGUUCCAAAUGUCCGUUUUGUUUAGCAGAUGAAUCUGUAGAGUACGUUUCAUUUCCGUUUGCAAAUCAUGCUUUACAAAUUUAUGAAUCUGACAGCUGCAUUAUGCAAAACUUUGCAAUUUUAAACCUCCUAAAAUAUCUUCCUAAUUUCCUUGUUUUUAUAACGUGUUUUCAACGCAUAAAUUGUUGGGUUUUUUAGAAUUUGUAGUGCUAUGUGUUGGCUUGAUAUCUGACAGGGUCUCAAUUUUAUAUUGUUGUGGUUUAUCUCACGCAUAGAUUUCUUAUUAACCGCAGCUGAAAUUCAAUUUUGAUGUACUAAUAUAAUACAGCGUGUCUAAUUCAUUAUUUACUAAUUUUGAAAAUUGCUAGAUGUUUAGUGUUAUAUAGUACAAAGUGCAUAUUCAGCCGGCAGCAGGCUAUGUAGCAUAACUUCUGGAAAUAUAGUGAUUAUAAUAACUACAGUAGUUAUAAAUAUAAAACUUUUGUUUGCACUAGCUUUUACCAAGCUUACUGUUAGUGUAUAGGUGAUGUGCAAGUUACCGUCGCCAUGUUGGAUGACAUUGACAAAGGAUUUUGCUUGUUUGCAAUGCAAAUUUCAUCCAACAUGGCAAGAAUCUCUUUGUCCUUCGAAUCCCAUGGAAGUGGUUGCACAUCACCUAUAUGGUAAGGUGCUGCAUGCGGAAAGUGAAACACAAUCUGGGUCGGGUUAUGUUUUGUCUGACUUAGCAUUUUUUGUUCUUUUUUCCCGCUGUUUCUAACUUAAAAGGUUAGGGUUAGAGAAAGGUUUGGGGUUUGGUUUAUCUUGUAAAAAUUCAUCUUUAAUUAUAGUUAAUAUAUGGCCGUCAUUUUUAAAUUCAAGGAAUAAUGUCUGUGAACCAUAUGUUGUUGUGCCCAUCGUGGGACAUGGCUGUUAAGGUUUUCUGCAAAUUUCCUGCAGCUGUUUAACAUUUCCAGCAAACUGUGCUUGUGUGCUCGCCUAUUUUUUUCACCCCUGAUUGCGUCAUCCUAUAAAAGAUCCACAUUUUCCCCAUGGAGGAGUAUGUAUGUACCUCCCCUAUCUUUUGUUUAAUGCAGGAUUUAAAUAAGACGAUGCCGACCCGUUGUGUGAGCAUGUUGAAUGCCAGUGGACCGAUAUUUGGCACACCAUCCCACCCGUCGCCAUUGGACCGUAUCAGGACGUCGAAGAAGAAUCUGUUUUCAAGUGUCGAGUUGAGUCAGUCCAUGCCUGAUCAGAAAUGUUUGAUGAACCGAAGCUUGCCAGAAAUCUGGCGGGAAAUGAAAGGAAAAAAUGAAGGGAUUAAGGAAGAGGAUAGUGAUGGGGACGUCAAAGACGAGCAAUGGACAGGUGUGGUAGUUUUGACUUCUCACAAACACUGCAAUCAAAUGUCCACGUAUUGAGUGUUUGUAUUUGAAACACUAGGGAUAGUAGUGUCUAAAUGAAGCUCUGGAAAAAAGUUUAAAGAAAAUUUAUGAGAGUUCAAACUCUGUACAGUAUAACUUUGCCUUGACACAAAGAAAAACUGGUGAAAUUCCCCACCUUAUAGCUUCAGCCGUUUCCUUAUUGUAAAUGCUUUUCUUUUCACGUGUUUACUCCCAUUAUUUUGGCAGACACUUUCCCGCCAUUUCUGUAUACUCGUGCAUAUGCUUUACAUUUGACCACAAUGUUCUUCUCACGCACAAGCUGCUUAUUACUGAUGACUAAUCGUAGUUAACCCAUUGAGUUGCAUUGUGCCCUGAUGCACUUACUUUAUUACUCUGUCUAACAGCAGACAGUUUUACUUGUCAAGGGGAGAGCGCUGUACAUGUUGAGACGUCAAUGAGGACAGCUUAAAAUAGAAUGCUGUAGCAACAACUGGAUUGCUUCUAUUAUUACUGUAGUGUGCUAAUUUUGUUGUCUUUCUAUCAGGAAAUGCACUCCACAGUUUCAGUUUUGCAGCAGUGCCGUAUAAAGGAAGUUUCUGCAAUAUCCCAGAGCCUGGCAAACUUCAAGCUUCAAUGAGCGCAUCAUGGCAAUUCUUUAAUUACGUCAGUGGUGCCGAUACUGCUGCAACUGCUGAACCGAUAGUCAUCCGUAAUCCAGUAAGUACAAAUUAUCAAUUAACAUAUACAUCAAGUUAUAGGUUUCCCUCAGACAGACAUCAAAUAUAUUUAGCAAUGAUGAAUAUCUACCCAUAUGGAUUGAAAACUUUUGCAAUAAUAAAUAUAUGUGGUUUUCAACAAGAAAAAUUGUUUCACCAUGCAAACUUACAAAGAACAACUUAACCCAUUGAGUCACACAAUUUUACUUGUUAUUUGUCAAGGGGAGAAUGCUGAUGCUUAAUGGGUUAACUGGCCUAUCUGCCCAUGUGUCUAAUUAACCCCUUGAAUUACAUUGUGCUCUGAUGCGCCCUACUUUAUUAAUUUGCUCUGUUUGAUGCCAGACAAUUUUACUCAUCAGGGGGAGAGUACUGGUGCUUAAUGGAUUACUUAACCCAUUGAGUGGCAGCACUCUCCACUUGACGAGUAAAACCGUCUGGCAUUAGACAGAGUAAAAUACUAAAAGUAGGGUGCAUCAGGGUGCAUUGCCACUUUUAAUGCCACUUUUAAUAAACUAAGGGUUAAUAUAUAGUAUGAAUUAUUUUUUUACAGAACAAGGCUGUACUGACAUUCAAUGCAAAAACAUCAGAAAUCUUAGUUGCCAAUGAUGUUGCAUGUGACAUGUUUGCAUACACACAUGACGAGCUUAUUGGCAUGAAAAUGUCGAAAAUGUUUACUAAGAGUGACGAGGCUCGACAGGAGGCCUUGGUCGAGCAACAUAUUGAGGACAGCGGUGCAGUGGUUAUGGUCAGUGGGAAAGUGGUAAGUUGCAGAUAAGUAUACUUCAAGUCUCUUAUUGUUAGCUUUAAGAAUGUCACGUUUUUAAUCAAUGCUCCUUCAUAACAGUAGCAGAAUGUUCAUAGUUAUCUUUUAUUGAUUUAGUUUGAAGCAGUUGACAGCAAUAAUGUUGUUUUCCCUGUCUCACUGUGGAUGAAGAAAGUCAUAUGGGAUAAAGAACCAAGAUGCAUUGCAAUCAUGGAACCUGUCGAAAGACAAACUGCCCAUUUGGUGUUUGAUAGCAAGGUAUUGCAAUUGUUGGCAUUUCUUGAUGGCAUAACACACAUUGUACAUCCUCUGCAAAACCACCUGACACAAACACAAUUAUGAUGCAUCACAUUCCUAGUUACCACUGUUCUGACAAUGUAUAAGUUAGAAUAAAUCAUAGAAUGGAACAAAGGUAACCAAGAAUUUAAAUUAUAUAUGAGUGAAUUGAUAACUCACAUGCCUAGUUACUACUGUUCUCAUAAUGUAAGCAUAGAAUGCAACAAAGGUAACCAAGAAUUUAAAUUAUAUUUGUGAGUGAAUUUGGGAGCUUAAAAACAUGUUAACUGAUCAGGUGUACAUAUUAUCGCUAUUUACCUUAGGGUGCAAUCUUAGAAUGUGACCAACAGCUGGCUUAUCUUCAUGGAUAUUCUUCUGAUGAACUCGUGAACAUGAAUGUGAAACAGCUUAUCCCCUCACUUGUCCUACCAGUUCCAGGACAAGUUAUAGAUAAGGUGAGAGUAAUCUAUAUUCUACUGGAUAGUUCUAUCAGUUCUGAACAGUUCUUCCUAGAGGUCCAGUGAGAAUCAUCUCUUAUUGAUCCAGUGUUACUACAAGAGGAAACCUAAACUAAACUAACUUUAUUUAUACUGGAUAGCUCCAUCAGUUCUGAACAGUUCUUCCUAGAGGUCCAGUGAGAAUCAUCUCUUAUUGAUCCAGUGUUACUACAAGAGGAAGCCUAAACCAAACUAACUUUAUUUAUACUGGAUAGCUCUAUCAGUUCUAAACUGUUCUUCCUAGAGGUCAAGUAAGGAUCAUCUCUUAUUGAUCCAGUGUUACUACAGAAGGAAACCUAAACUAAACUAACUUUAUUUAUACUGGAUAGUUCUAUCAGUUCUGAACUGUUCUUCCUAGAGGUCCAGUGAGAAUCAUCUCUUAUUGAUCCAGUGUUACUACAGAAGGAAACCUAAGCUAACUUUAGUUUUACUGGAUAGCUCAUCAGUUCUAAUCUGUUCUUCCUAGAGGUCCACUAAGGAUCAUCUAACAGAAAAAAGUGAAAAACUCUACGUCAGCAACGGCUACCAACGACUUGUUACUGUGAUUCAGCCUGUAGCGCUCUUUACUAUAUAGUCUCUCUCUUUUGUUUCUGUGACAGAAAAUCAAAAAGCAGCAAGCUACAGGCAGAACGAAAGAUGGUCCGGCGUUUCCUUUGAGUAUCUCGAUCAAAGAAAACGAGAAUCACACAUCAAGCUAUAUUGGUGUGGUUUGGGUGUUCAGUAAUAUCAGCGGCUUGGUCAGUGUGUUGCCCAACGGUGCUAUAUAUAGUUGUAAUAAGAACUUCACGCUCAUGUUGUUUGGAUAUUCUGAUAACGAGUUGGUCGGCAAGGUAUGUGGUUGUGAACCAUUGUGAUUUUUUAAGAAACUGCUUUUAUGCGCUUUUUAUGGAAAACUAGCGAAUUAGUUAGUUAGUCGAGAGUAAAGAAUUUGCUCAGAUGGGGUAACUUCAAUCUGUCAACGUAACCUUUUAAUUCAAUCGGCUAAUUUGUUAUCUUGGCAAAAAAAGUAUAUUCCCGGAAAGAGCAUACUAAAAUGAGUAAAAUUGGAAAAUUUGGUUGCGAAAUGUUGUAAACUGCGGAAAGCAUAGCAUUGCAAAGUUCGCAAAUUUUGUAUACUUUUGUAUUGGUUGCGGAAAUUACUACCACAUUUGGGCCGAAAUUGGUAGCAAUUUCCGCACACAAUACAAAGUAUACAAAAUUUGCAAACUUUGCAAGGAUAUAUUUUCCGUAUUUUACAACAUUUCACAACCAAACUCUGCAAUUUUACUACUUUUAGUAUGCUCUUUCUAGCAGUGGUGAUUUAUUUGCAUCUCCUUGCCUAGUUUUAAAAUUAGUUUAUAAUGAGAAUUGUCUAUUGCAUUGAUUGUCACUAUUUCUGCUUCCCAAUAAUCUAGCCAAUCACGCAGCUCGUACCAGCGUUCUACGAUCACAUGGACUUGGUGGACGAUAGUAGUAUGCCAUUCCCUCCGUUGGACGAGGACGAUGAUAUCGAGAUGUGUUCGCGGUUGUCUGGUGUAGACACUGGCAGAGCUUUCACUCCUAAAGAAACUGCUGUCAUAUAUUCCAGAGAGAUCGAUUCUCAAUCUAGCACUAAAAGUAACGGUAAGAUGUUGCUAUAUUAUUAGUAAUAUUAUUAUUAUUAUAAAAUACAGUAUUCCCUGUCCAGGAUUUCCAAUACUUGUUUAUUUUUAAAAUAUUAAAAAUUCUAUAUAAAGUUCUAUAUAAAACAUUUAAACUUUACAUCAAUAUUAAUUGUUUCCUAACAUUUUCUUCUUCGACUCAGUUUUGAAUGUUUUUAUUGGGUAAUUUCUUCAAGUCGUUGUCUAUGGCUAUUCCAAAUCUUUACAGCUCUGUAAUGGAAACUCUUGCCCUGCCGUUGUUUUGUGUGGUGGAAUAUUUUGAUAUUCCUUAUUCAUUGUGUUUAAAUCGUGAAUCUCGCUGCGUUUAAGGAGUAGGUCACGUAUAUAUGAUAUACCAUGGUGGUUAUGGUCGAAUUAACUUUAUUUAUACUGGAUAGCUCUAAUGAUUCUAAAAUACUCCCCCCUUAGAUGUCCAGUAAAGAUCAUCUCUUUUUCAUCCAGUGUUACUUCAGGAGGAAACAGGAAUAGCUAGGAAAACAUGUUGUGUUUGGUAGUGUGAAACUAAAAAAAAACUCAAAAAUGUUAAAAUUUAAAAUUGUGUUUUGUACAACAUUUUCAAGAUGAUGAAAAGAACGGUAAAGACGAUGCAUAUGAUGUUCAAUCACCCGUAGAAGAACAAUCUCCACGAAAUUAUUUUAAAUUCACAUCGCGUAAGUUUUUAAACUAAUUUUAUACUGGAUAGCUUUAUCAUUUCUAAACUGUUGUUUCUAGAAGUCCAGUAAGGAUCAUCUCUUAUUGACCCAAUCUUACUAGAGGAGGAAACUAACUUUAUUUAUAACUGGAUAGUUCUAUCAGUUUUAAACUGUUCUCCCUAGAGGUCCAGUAAGGAUCAUCUCUUAUUGAUCCAGUGCUACUACAGGAGGAAACCUACACUAACUUUAUUUAUACUGGAUAGCUCUAUCAGUUCUGAACUGUUCUCCCUAGAGGUCCAGUAAGGAUCAUUUCUUAUUGAUCCAGUGUUACUACAGGAGGAAACCUAAACUUAACUAACUUUAUAAUUCAUACUGGAUAGCUCUAUCAGUUCUAAAUUGUUCUUCCUAGAGGUUCAGUAAGGAUCAUCUCUUAUUGAUCCAGUGUUACUACAGGAGGAAACCUAAACUAAACUAACUUUAUUUAUACUAGAUAGCUCUAUCAGUUCUAAACUGGUCUUCCUAGAGGUCCAGUAAGGAUCAUCUCUUAUUGAUCCAGUGUUACUACAGGAGGAAACCUAAACUAAACUAACUUUAUUUAUACUAGAUAGCUCUAUCAGUUCUAAAAUGUUCUUCUUAGAGGUUCAGUAAGGAUCAUCUCAUAUUGAUCCAGUGUUACUACAGGAGGAAACCUAAACUAAACUAACUUUAUUUAUACUAGAUAGCUCUAUCAGUUCUAAAAUGUUCUUCUUAGAGGUUCAGUAAGGAUCAUCUCAUAUUGAUCCAGUGUUACUACAGGAGGAAACCUAAACUAAACUAACUUUAUUUAUACUCUCGUUUUCUUCGCAGGUGAUUUGGGCAAUCUAUCUGCAACUGCCGGUAGUUUCCAUCCAUCAGAGAUCGACAGCACGAGGGCGACACUGGGCGACAGUUCACCGAGCACCAUCAGUCUGAGUAGCUUGAUGAACGCGGAUGACGGAACCGAGGAACCUGGGAACGAGGGAAAUGAUAACCCGGAUGUAAAUUGCGACUUCGACGUGGAGGAUGAAAACGAGGCUGAGUCCGAAGGUAGGAACUUUUCCCUAUGAGAAAAGUGGUAAACAUCUUUAUUUUUUUAAAUAGCGUGAUUGAGUGACUGAAAGGAAUUUUACUUUAGAUUGUUUGGAUACGAAAACACCACGUGCUGAAGAUUAUAACAUCUGUAUUGAUAAGGAUUCGCCUAAUGUUAACCAACAAACCAAUGAAGACCUGACGAACAAUAGGGCUGAUCAGGUUUCACUCAAUGUUAUCAGCAACGAUCAGACCCCUGAGGAUAAUAUUGAACAUAACAGGACACCAGUGGCGGAGAGGGGUAACGAGGGACAUAGUGAAGAUUCGGUAUUAUCAUCGGGAGGUGGAUCACGUGAACGGGGCGUGAUUCCAGUUCCUGGAUCACCUGACGAGCCCCUGGCUGUGUCAUCUCCAGUGGUAACAGCUAGAGAUCAUGAUUCGGGAGUCUAUACUGCGGAGGAUUUAUUCAGGGAUAUGUUGGCGAAACGCGGCAAAGGUCAGCGGUAGAACAGCUAUACAACAGUUAGGAAUAAUAUAACGCGUUAAUUAAUCUCUUAGCAGGAAUGCUUAUAAUGCGUUAUAUUGUUCGUAAUGGUUUUUAUUAUUCUUGAUAUUGUUUUUGAUGUUAAUAUUGUUCGCAGAGGUUUUAAAUGACUAUAACUUUUGUGUUUUAAAUAAUUUAAAGUAUAAUUAGGUAAUCAAUUUACACCAUGUAACAAUCGCGCAAUUCAGUUUUUACUGCAAUGUGAGUUUAUAAUAAAUCUAUCCUUCCUCUCUCUAUAGGACAGCGAUAUAUUAAUCACACAGUAUAUGGUGAACUUCAAGUAAAACCCCCUAUGCCUCAAUUCGUUAGUUAGUUAAUGUGUCCACGAGCUAGUAAUGUAGUUACUUGUAAUGUUAGACAUGGACUGGUUGAGACAACCUUUCCCUUUACAUAAAAUUCACAUACGCCUUAUGAUAAAUUCCAUGUUAAAUCACGUUGCGCUACGCCCCUGGUCGCCCAAGUCAAUGUUGAGCUUGUGUAAUGGUGAAUGACCUCCUAUAUCUUCUUGUUAGAUACCAGUGAUUCAAGACCUGGCUCUUCUACAGAAACAGAAAGUACCGGUACAUCUGGCCAACGCAGUACACCCAUUCGACCACCUGGGUUUCGUUCUGAGCUUCUUACGUCAACUCCCAAUAUGUCCAGCGCGGGAGAUACUCCUAGUGUCCAGUCUCCUGUACAACCAAUAUGCGAGGGAAUGUUUGUUGGUCGAGCCCAGCACAAAGAUGGAUCGUCUCUUGGUCUGCUGUUUCAAGUAAAUUAAUCUAACUUUAUUUAUACUGGAUAGCUCUAUCAGGUCUAAACUGUUCUCCCUAGAGGUCUAGUAAGAAUCAUCUCUUAUUGAUCCAGUGUUACUACAGGAGGAAACCCAAACUAAACUAACUUUAUUUAUACUGAAUAGUUCUAUCAGUUCUAAACUGUUCUUCUUAGAGGUCCAUUAAGGAUCAUCUCUUAUUGAUCCAGUGUUACUACAGGAGGAAACCUAAACUAAACUAACUUUAUUUAUACUGGAUAGUUCUAUCAGUUCUAAACUGUUUUCCCUUGAGGUCCAGUAAAGAUCAUUCCUUACUGAUAUAAAACUAAAGUCCAAAACUCAUUCUCCAGAUCAAAAAAGUCGAGCUAAAAGAUGGGCAAGUUUUAUUUUGUAUCUGGAUAUCGAAAGAUCCUGAGGACGAAGAAGGAGGACCGACACAAGGAAAUCAUACAUUGGGAUCAAGUCAUAACAGCUUGUUCGUCUCGUCUGUUGGAGGAAUAAAGGAGGUAUGUUAUGUUAGUUACAUUUUGCGGAAAAAUUUCUAAUUGAAGCUUUCGAUCAAAAUAAUUAAUAGUACUUAGUAAGAGAAUAAAGUAAAUUUAGUUUGCUUAAUGCUUAACAGCGACCGCGACAACAGCAACAACAACAGCAACAUCAGCAGCAACAACAACAACAACAACAACAACAACACCACCAGCAACAUCAGCAGCAACAACAACAACAGCAGCAACAGCGACAUCAGCAGCAACAACAACAAUAACAACAGCAACAUCAGCAACAAUAGCAACAACAACAACAACAACAACAGCAACAACAACACCUUUCUUUUUGGGCAACUCUUACCAAACUAUGUAUAUAUCAUAUUUUCCAGCUUGGUCAGUCCAUCAGUGAGCUCAGUCUAAAAGAUGAAAAUUCCCCGGGCAGAGGCAGAUACGAUGAACGAUAUCUAACGUUAGAUUCGAUUGGUAAAGGAGCGUUUGGGUUUGUCAAACUUGCUAAAAGGAGAUCUGAUAAUCGAGAGGUGAAAAUGAAAACGAAACUAUCGUGAUUUAUACUGGAUAGCUCAUCAGUUUGAAACUGUUCUCUCUAGAGGUUCAGUAAGGAUCGUCUCUUAUUGAUCCAGUGUUACUACAGGAGGAAACCUAAACUAAAGAGCGUUAUAAUGAGUAGUUUUAUCACUUCUAAACUGUAUUAAUAUCUCAGUGAUAACUGGAUUACCUACAGAAAACCUGCUUAUCAGAAUCAAACUGGAUUACUGGAAUCACUUUUCUCACAUAUUAUCGAGGCGACACUGGAAACAUUCUUUCUGUGAUCUUCUCUUCAACAGGUCGUCGUCAAAUUUAUUCGCAAAGACAAAGUACUAAAAGGCUCUUGGAGGGAUGAUCCAGUGUUGGGAACAGUUCCAUUCGAAAUAUCUCUUCUUGCUAAACUAAAACAUCCCAAUGUCGUUAAGGUAAGAGAUUUUCAAACAACAACAACAACAACUUUAUUUUUACUGGAUAGCUCUAUCAGUUCUAAACUGUUCUCCCUAGAAGUCCAGUAAGGAUCACCUCUUACUGAUCCAGUGUUACUACAAGAGGAAACCUAAACUAAACUAACUUUAUUUAUACUGGAUAGUUCUAUCAGUUCUAAGUUGUUCUCCCUAGAGGUCCAGUAAGGAUCAUCUCUUAUUGAUCCAGUGUUACUACAGGAGGAAACUUGAACUAAACUUACUUUAUUUAUUUAUUUAUUUAUGAUUGUCUUUUGUUUAGUUGAUAGAUGCGUUCGAGAAUGACGAUUUCUUCCAACUUGUCAUGGAGAAACAUGGCGGGGGAAUGGAUAUGUUUGAGUUCAUUGACAGACAACCGAAUAUGGACGAGGCUUUGGCGAGUUAUCUAUUUCGACAGGUAUGGGGAAAAUAUAUAAGACUUGUAAACAAAUUUGAUGCAAGUCCUACGAGAUUGUAAGGAUGGCCAACUAAAAGUUAGGUUGAUGUAGCACUGCCUGAUUCUUAAACAUCUUUGUGUAGGUCGUUGACGCUGUUGCAUAUUUACACUCAAAGAAUAUCCUUCAUCGAGAUGUGAAGGUAGCUAUUAAUAUUGAAACACAAAAAUAUUUCACUGUUUGCAGACCAGUCCUAUAUAUACAGGGCUGCAGGUUCAAUUCCUGCCAGGGAUCUAAAGUUGCAUUUUUCGCAGCUGUUUCUGGUUAGGUUUAAUAAAUGUAUAUAAAUUUCCACUCGAUAAUUUCCAUCUACAAGACGCUUCAAAUAUUAUUCAUUCCAGUGAGUUGCCACAAAAAUCUUGAUAAGCUUCACUGAGCACUACCGUUCUUAAUUUCUUAUAUAAAGUUUUGCUUAAGGUGGAGUUACAUGAGCAACAAAAUUGCUGCAACUUGCAACAAAAUCUGAUUUCAAUGCAUGUUAAUUGAAAAUAUUUACGCAUAAAUUACAAAUCACAAGGCAACAUAUGUCGACAUUUCUACUUAACAUGCGUUGAAAUCAGAUUUUGUUGCAAGUUGCAGCAAUUUUGUUGCUCGUAUUAUUCCAGCUUUACAACGCAGGGCUGCAAAUUACUGUCGGACAUCGGACAAUGUCCGACUAAAUUUGGCAAAUGUCCGAGCAAAAGUAAUUUUGAUCGGACAUUGGUCCGAUCACAAAAAAAUUGUCACAUUAUACAUUUUUUUGCUGUGACAAAAUCCGAUUGCAAAUUCAUUCAAUUUGCAUUUUACAAUAAAAUUUACAAGGUAUUCUAGCAUUUUACUUACAGUACCAUUGCGCCGGAAUGGCUAUACAUACUUGUCUCGUGACUUAUAUAUAUCUUGUGAUGUAUAUAUGUCCGACCAAAUUUAGUGGGGUUGGUUUUUGUCUGACCAAAUUCAAGUUAUGUUCGACCAAAAUUAAAAGUGAUCGGACAAAUGUCCUGUCAAGUCAAAUAUUUAUUUGCAACAUGCAAGAUGAUUUUCCAGUUUGGUCAGGAAAAAUUUCGUCUUGCCCAGCACACCUAGGAGGAUUUUCUACAGGCAUGGUAACGCUUGCUAGAUUCCUGCGAUGAACUAAUCAUUCUUUUGUCUAGGAUGAAAAUGUGAUAUUAGACGAAGCGUUCACGGUGAAGCUGAUAGAUUUUGGUUCCGCGGCGACGAUGGAAGAGGGGAAAUUAUUCUCGACGUUUUGUGGGACAAUGGAGUAUUGCUCUCCCGAAGUUCUGCUUGGCAACAAGUGAGUCCUGAUCACUCGGGCAUUGGUUGCUUUCAGAAAGUUUGUGGUUGUUUUUGUUGUUCAUUUUAUUCAAAACGAGAAUUAAAACUAUAAAAAUCUUUUUUUUUGGUUUAGAUACCGAGGCCCAGAAUUAGAGAUUUGGUCCAUGGGUGUCACUCUUUAUACUCUAAUAUUUGGAGAGAAUCCAUUUUAUGAUGUCGAAGAAACCAUCAGAUCCGAGUUGCAUCCUCCUUUCUCUAUUUCGCAAGGCAAGAAUAUUUCUAUCAGUUCUAAGCUGGUCUCGCCAGAGAUCCAGUAAGGAUUGGUCACAGAUGUGAAACAAUCGUGUCCCCCACACUCCACUAAAGACUGCCAUCUUCAAAGAUCUCCUGUGAAAGAUAACAUUAAUUUUGUUUUUUUUUUCAUGUAGACUUGAUGUUUCUUAUCUGUUGGAUGUUACAUCCUGAUCCACUUUAUCGGAUUAUCAUGCAAGAUCUGCUUCGCAAUCCCUGGCUCACUCAACCUGUGGAUAUAAACAUGUACAGUUUUACCAGUGUUGUAGGUACGGUUCGUAACUUUAUACUGGAUAGCUCUAUCACUUCUAAACUGUUCUCCCCAGAGGUCCACUAAUAGUCAUCUCUUAUUGAUCCAGUGUUACUACAGGAGGAAACUAACUAACUUUAUUUAUAUUAAGGUGGUAUUGAAGAAAAUCUUCAAGAAAUAUUAGACGAAGAACGAGAUAAAAUAGAAAAUCAUCUUGAUCUCGCCCCUGCAGCUGACCCUGACCAUGAACAUAGAUAUCUACAAGCUGCUUACCAACAAUAUCUAGAAUCUGUUGAUGAUGAGGACGAUGAUAGAUAAUGAAGGAUAUAUUCUAAGAUGUAUAUAAGCUAAGCCCUGAGAUAUAAUAUAACCUGCCGUGGUUCGUGUCUGAACUACGUGAAGAAGAGUUUAUUCGAGAGGCUCGUUUCGACUGAACUUCAGAUAUCAUUUUCUCUUUGCCGUACCAUCUAAAAUCUCUUCAUUUUACAGAUAAAGCACUAAACAUACUUUUUAAGUUGUUUGCUUGGGAAACGUAUCAAAAAUUUAAAAACAAAUUUACCCAUAAUAAAAUGGAAAAAUAUAUUCGGUAGCUUUGAGGGCGUGGUACGUUACAUACAAUAACUUUGGCAGUUGUGACGAAUGGGCCUUCGCAAAAAAACUCUGGGUAUGUAUUUUAAUCGGUUUGCAUGUAAUUCAGAUACCAUCCACAACAUAGCUUAUGAAACAUAUGAUGUCUUAUUUUCAAACUAUUUUAUGUACAGUGUAUGUAUAUGACAUAGCAGGCAGCCCUAGAUAAUACAAAAGUGUUGUAAUAUUUUAGCAAUAAUAAAUUUUAUUGUAUAUAUGCAGAAACGAAAAC